AAGUUGUCAGCAAAGGUAAACGCAUCGUUUUAUAAUUCUCUAAAAAUCGCAUUUUUAAUCAAUUUUAAGUAGAUUUUUGGUGUAAAUUUUGUUAAAAUAUGCCAGGUGUUACAGUUAAGGACGUGGAUCAGCACAAAAUUGUCCGGGCAGUUGCCUCCUUCCUCAAGAAGUCCGGCAAGCUAAAGGUGCCCGAAAAGAUGGAUAUUGUCAAGACGGGCAAAUACAAAGAGCUCGCCCCAAGUGACCCAGAUUGGUAUUACAUCCGUUGCGCCUCUAUCCUGCGCCACAUGUACCUUCGUCACCCAACCGGAGUGGGUUCCAUCACCCGGAUCUUCGGAGGACGCAAGAGGAAUGGUGUCCAUCCAUCCCACUACUGUCGGGCAGCUGAUGGUGUUGCAAGGAAGGCACUGCAAUCGCUCGAGGCGAUGUCUUUGAUUGAAAAACAUCCAGACGGUGGACGAAAGCUCACGUCCAAGGGUCAGAGAGAUCUCGAUCACAUUGCCAACAAGAUUGUCGGCAAGCAGAGAGCUGCCAAGAAGGAGGCUGGACCCAUCAUCAUCUCCUAAGAGUGCUUUUUUCACCGGCAAAUCUCCAUUGUAAGAAGAAAAUGAAAUAAAGAAGUGGCGCUAUUUGGAGACUA